GGGGGGUGUUCAUGCAAAUUACCUUUCGUAACACAAAUUACAUAAAUAGUUGUUUAUGCACAAUCUCCUGCACACACAGCUGAAGCAGAGUGAAAAUGAGGAACAUUGCAGCAGUCAUUGGCUUUCUGCUGGUGCUAACCACAGAAGCCAGCGUUGGGGAUUCCUCCUUGUCUGAAUUUUGCUCCGAGACCAAAGAAUGCCUUUUGUAUACACCGGUGUGUCAGACUGAAGAAUAUGAGGUGCGCAACCUCAGCAGUACUAAGUGGGUGACAACAGAGGAAACUUCCCGGAUCAUGGAGAUGGCAACAUACACUGCCUUCAGAAGACUGUAUAAGUACAUCACUGGAGCCAAUGAAAAUGGAGCAAACAUUGAAAUGACUUCCCCGGUGAUCAUCAAAAGUAAGACCAACAAGGGUUGGUUUGAAAGUUGUACUUACACAAUGAGCUUCCUUCUCCCGUCUGAGCACCAGCUGAAUCCCCCCAAACCAACGGACAGCCAGGUGUCCAUAACAGAGAUGCCGGGUAUGAAUGUGUACGUUAAGAGCUACGGAGGAUGGAUGAUGAGCUAUAGGGUCAGGGAUAAAGAGAGCGAACUAAUGGACAGCCUCGAAUCGGUUGGAGCCAUGUAUAAAAAGGACUGUAGCUAUGCCGUUGGAUAUGACAGUCCUAUGAAGAUGUUCAACCGGCACAACGAAGUGUGGUUUGUUGCCGAGGGUACGCCAGUGUGUCCCGCUACAGCGGCCUGAAAAGCCUGUCCUCAGCACGCCUGAGUCCCUCAGCCUUCUGCAGAAAGGCAGAUUUAACGUUCACUUUGAUGAUUCAGUGGUAUAUAUCCAAUUUUCGUAGAACAUGAAUUGUAUCGAGUAUGAAAAUGAAUUAUAAAACGAGUCAAGGCUCAAACUAUAACAAAAUAAAUUGCUUUGAUUUAA